UCCCAAGUCAAACUUCCGGUGUAAGACGCUUUUGUGGCUGUCACUUGUUCUGUUUCGUUUAGUUAUUGGUAAAAUUCAAAGCAACUAUUUAUCCUGUGUUGUUUUUAUUGACGUGAACAGUGUGGAUGUUACAAUUAAUACAGAACGGACCGUCCUAAGUGUUAAUACAUCAGGUUAUAAAGUGUUGUCAAGCGGUCAACAAACUCCUGGACUUGAGUGACAGAAGUGAUGCAACAUGGCAGCAACUCCUCUCAGUAGGUCUCUUCUCUCUGCACUAAGGAGACACGCUCGCUGUCAGAGCCGUGGACUUAACUCUUCGGCAGAGAGGACAGUCAGCCGGGUGUCCUCGGUGGUGAUAUGCAGUCACAGCGGAGCGGAAGGACACACAAGCGUGGACCGGGGACAGCCGGUGGAGUGGGACAGAAGAAGUGGUCGGGACAACAGCAGCAGGUCUCCCCUGCUCAGGUCUGUGUCUGUGGGUCUGGGACUCUGCGGUGCGGCGCUGCUGGACAGUCAGAAAGAAGACAAAGACAAGGACAGAGGAGUCUCGAUAUCCGGGCGGUGUCUUGCACUCAUUCUGCCAUCGGCUCAGUGUGCUUCCCCCUUUAAACCCGACAGCCCCCGCUAUAAAUACAACUUUAUUGCAGAUGUGGUAGAAAAGUCCACUCCAGCUGUCGUGUACAUUGAAAUCUUGGGCAGACACCCAUUUUCAGGAAGAGAAGUCCCAGUGUCAAAUGGCUCUGGUUUCAUUAUCAGCAGUGAUGGGCUCAUCGUCACCAAUGCUCAUGUUGUGGCCAACAAGAGAGGCGUCCGUGUGAAGCUCAUCAACGGAGACAUGUACAACGCCACUGUGCAAGAUGUUGAUCCAGUGGCAGACAUCGCUACCAUCAAAAUCACUGCGAAGAAUCCUUUACCCACGCUCACCCUUGGUCGGUCGUCCGAUGUUCGACAAGGAGAGUUUGUUGUUGCCAUGGGAAGCCCGUUUUCUUUACGGAACACAAUCACGUCAGGAAUCGUCAGCUCAGUGCAGCGAGGCAGUAAGGAGCUGGGCCUGUCCAACUCCAACAUGGAGUACAUCCAGACUGACGCAGCCAUUGAUUUUGGAAAUUCUGGAGGUCCCCUGAUUAACUUGGAUGGGGAAGUCAUCGGUAUAAACACCAUGAAGGUCACUGCAGGAAUCUCCUUUGCUAUUCCAUCGGAUCGCCUGAGACUUUUUCUUGAUCAAGCAGCAAAGAAAAAGCAAUCUUGGUUUGGUGGGGCAGAGACAAAACGGCGGUACAUUGGUGUCACGAUGCUGACACUGACGCAAAGCAUCAUUGCAGAGUUGAAGUUGAGAGACCCAUCCUUCCCAGACGUGACACACGGCAUCCUGAUUCACAGAGUGAUCAUGGGCUCCCCGGCCAAUAGAGCGGGCAUGCUACCAGGAGACAUCGUGGUGGAGCUAAACGGAGUGAAGGUGCAUACCUCCGAAGAGAUCUACCAGGUCGUCCACACCAGCGACAAAAUCACCAUGGUGGUGCAGAGAGGACACGAGUUGCUUCGACUGCAAAUAACCCCAGAGUACACAGAGUGACACUAACUUCAUGUUGAUGGACAGCCGGCCACAUGAUUUGUUCAUGUACACAAGAGAAGAAAACUGUGAAACAUGAUCGUGACUAUGGUCAGAUGACAAUGUGUAAUCUAAUAAACAUGUAGUCAAACAGUGUUUUUAAAUGUACAUAUAUGCCAUAUUUGAUGACUUUUGUUAAAUAUUUUGUUGACACCACAAAGUAAAUUACAGUGACAAGCCUGUAGUGUCAUCUUAAAAUAAAAUAACUAACCCUUUAGCCAUAUUUAUCAAUUAAGUCUUUCUCUACAUGGCUGAUGGCUGAUAACUACAUAAUGGUUUCAAUGUAAUUUUUAAAAUUCAAACUGUCAUUAUAAAGCUUAAUGAACCUGCCAGCACCUGAAGACUCAAAUGGAUAAAUGGGCCAGCUCCACAAAGAUAUUUUAGACUGGGCUGUAGUGUUGAUUUUGGUCUGAGAUUAGUUAGAUUAGUAAUGCAGGUUAGGCAGUUUCAAGCCAAAAAAAGCAGCCACCCCCAAUCCCCAAGGCUGACUCAUUCAAUCCAACAAUGCCAAAAAGCGGAAAACAUACCUGUUUGUUUUUUUUCAUCAACAUUGUGGUGAAUAUAAUGAGGGCAAAGAGGUUUUGGAGAGCACAGAAACAUGUUGGAAAUACCCAGCAGUGAGAACAUUGUCAGUGGGUUACUUGAGGAAGAGAUUGAGGCACCUCAUAGGCUACUCGCAGGCUACCAGGUGGCCUUGGGCACCAAACUGGAGAACCCUGGUUAGAUCUCAGCCAUAGUCAAUGUCUUUGGAAAGAGAAACUGGCCCCAGUAUUUAUUCCCAGGUUUUUGAGUACAAAAUGUGCUGUGAUACUUAAUGAAACCUGAAACAAUGUACUUCAUUAAAGCCAUUUAAUGUUAGACAGCAACAAGAAGCAUGAGAGACCAACAAUAUGGCAUGGAUCAAUGGUAUUAAACUGACUACGAUAAACUGAGCAAACAAGUUUGACAACUCACAAAUGCUACUAUGAUCACACAAGUAUAUGAAUUGUUGAGAUCCUACUUACUUUAAAACAGACUCAUUUUGAGUAUGUCACGCACAUUAAAAACCAAAAACAUGAAUCCAUUUCAUGUUAAGAGAAAAAUGCCAAUUCUCCAUGAUGAGAUGCAAAGAAAAAUAGUGAAGACUCAUAUUUCAUUUUGAGAGUCAAAGCUGUGAAGCCAUACUGAGUAAAUUAAAAUUUCCCUGGUAUAUGUACAGUAACGCACACUUACAGUAAAGUAAUAAAGUGACAUGUACUGGACUGCUACACAAUUAAAUGCAUUUACCUCAAAGACUGAUAACUAUUAAAUGGAGAUAACAUUCAAACCACCUAAGGUUUAAACAAUAUGUUCAUACUUCUGGACUAAAGACAUCUUGUUAGGUACGAGUACUACAACAUACAAGUAUGGGAGGAAAAAUAAAAUUGUUCAAAUCCCAUUAAAACGACUUUAAAAAGGCUUAAUAUAUAUUGCUGGUAAUAUUUUUCUUUUUAAGAAAAUAUAAAUUGUGCGACUGAAGCUUACAAUACACUGCUGGCAGUAGCGCCAGGUUCUGUGGUGACCUGCUGGAAAAUGGUCAUCUGUCGAGGCGCUGUGUGCUGAGAGACUCCCCGGAAGAGAGAAAACAAAAC